GGCGGCGGCGAUCCGGAGGCCGGCGGGGGAGGCGGCAGCGGCGGCAGCCCCUCGCCGCGGCUCCGCUGCUGGACACGUCCGCACCCACCGCGGCUGCCCGCCGCAGCGAGCGGGACGAGGCCGUGCCUGCGCCCCCCCGACCCCGGCCCCGACGCGGGCCUGGCGAGGAGGUGGGCGGCGGAGCGAAGCUGGCUGCGGAGAGAGGAGGCAGCCGCCGCCGGAGGGCCAACAGACCUGGAAGAAAGACUUUGUCCUGGAGCUAACUCCUGAACAUUUUGAGAUCAUUCAUCAUGAAGUAUGUAGUACAGGAAUGGCUCAGAGUAACUACCUUGAUAUUCAUAGCUCAAGCAGUUUCUGCAAUGGUUCUUCCCAAUGCCACGCUCUUAGAGGAACUUUUGGAAAAGUACAUGGAUGAAGAUGGUGAGUGGUGGAUCGCCAAGCAGAGAGGGAAAAGGGCUAUCACAGACAGUGAUAUGCAGAGUAUCUUGGAUCUUCAUAAUAAAUUACGGGGUCAGGUGUAUCCACCAGCUUCCAAUAUGGAAUAUAUGACAUGGGACACAGAACUGGAGAGAUCUGCAGAGUCGUGGGCUGAAACCUGUCUAUGGGAGCAUGGGCCUGCAAGCCUUCUUCCAUCAAUUGGACAGAAUUUGGGGGCACACUGGGGCAGGUACAGACCUCCAACAUUUCAUGUCCAAGCAUGGUAUGAUGAAGUGAGAGAUUUCACGUAUCCCCAUCCUCAUGAAUGCAACCCAUAUUGUCCUUACAAAUGCUCUGGUCCUGUUUGUACACAUUACACACAGGUUGUUUGGGCUACAAGUAGCAGAAUUGGUUGUGCAAUAAAUUUGUGUCAUAACAUGAACAUCUGGGGGCAGAUUUGGCCAAAAGCAGUCUAUCUUGUAUGCAAUUAUUCUCCUAAGGGUAACUGGUGGGGUCAUGCUCCUUAUAAACCUGGCCGCCCUUGUUCUGCAUGUCCCCCUAGUUUUGGAGGAGGUUGCAGAGAAAAUCUUUGUUACAGAGAGGAUUCAGAAAGGCCUUAUUCUCCCCAUGAACCAGAAGAGGAAACCAAUGAGAUUGAACGGCAGCGAUCCAAAGCCCAGGAUGCAACGGUGCAAAGCCGGCCAAGAACUCAUUCACCUUCAGGCUCCACAGGCACUGAUGACAGUGAGAAAAAUGAAGUGAUAAGCACACAGCAAAUGUCUCAGAUUGUUUCAUGUGAAGUAAGGCUAAGAGAUCAGUGCAAAGGAACAACUUGCAAUAGGUAUGAAUGUCCUGCUGGCUGUUUGGAUAGCAAAGCCAAAGUUAUUGGAAGUGUACAUUAUGAAAUGCAAUCCAGUAUUUGUAAAGCUGCCAUACAUUAUGGCAUCCUAGACAAUGAAGGUGGUUGGGUUGACGUCACUAGGCAAGGAAGGAAAAAUUACUUUAUCAAGUCUUACAGAAAUGGCAUUCAGUCAGUUGGAAAAUACCAGUCUGCUAACUCCUUCACUGUCUCUAAAGUAACAGUUCAAGCUGUCACCUGUGAAACAACAGUGGAACAACUGUGCCCAUUUCAAAAACCAGCCUCACACUGUCCAAGAGUGUAUUGUCCUCGCAACUGUAUGCAGGCAAAUCCACACUAUGCUCGUGUAAUUGGAACACGAAUUUACUCUGAUAUAUCCAGUAUCUGCCGGGCAGCAGUACAUGCUGGUGUAGUCCGCAACCAGGGUGGUUAUGUUGAUGUUAUGCCAGUAGACAAAAGAAAGGUGUACAUUGCUUCCUUUCAAAAUGGGAUAUAUUCAGAAAGGUACAGAGCCCAGUUUCAAAGAUUACACUUUACCCUUCACCUCGAUAAGAUUUACAAAGUCUUGCAUUGUAUCUGUUUGUACCUGGGGCAGUGCUAGAAACCAAACAAAUAGGCUAACAUGGGUGAUUUACGAAGCUUGUGUAACAGCUGUGGUGACUUUGGAGAAGCUGUGGUACCAGAGGUGCCUGCCUCCUCUAAGCUCAUAAAUCAUUGCUCUAGAAAGCUGCUUAUGAAAUAAAAUAACCCUCUUUACUUUGCUGGUUCUGUUGCAACUAACACAAUAUUUGAUAAGAAAAUUGCCUUUGCUUUCUUUGGGAUUUUUUUAGAAUUAACAUUAGUGAUUUAUUCUGUCCAAGCUAGAGGAUCUGCAAUAGAUGAGUACUAGUAGCUGAUGCAGGUUCAUUGGUUUGUGAUGAAAUGUUCAUUACUACUUUACAUGGUAUUGAAGCAGUGAGCCUGGAUCAUAAAUAAUAUUCACAAACAUUAAAAUUUACAAUCAUUAAAACAUAUUUUUUAAUUUUUUUUUAAUGCUUUGACUGUUUUUGACAGUGGUUUUCUGAAAGACAUGGAGAUGCUGUGAAAGUUCAUUUAGUUGUAUUCAGUGUAUUCAUGUGUUCUGUGAUGAUAAUGCGUGGCUGCAUGUUGCAGAUUAAAUUUAAUCCCUGAAACAGUUCUCCAGGUUCUAAAGGAAGAAAGAGAAAUUACCUUAAAAAAAAAUCUUGUACCAGUCUUUUAGUCCUUGUAAUGCUAAGAAUGAUUGUUACCUCUAAAACUAUAGGCUUUCCAAGAAAUUUGUAUGGGAAAAAAACUCCAAAAGUUUCUGUAGAGAACUUGGAAGUAGGAAAAGAUAGAGUAUUUUUUUCUUAUUUUUAAUUGGGGGUGGGGGGAUGUCUUGCCUCUUUCACACAAACCUGGAAACUUGUAAAAUACAGAUUUCCUUUGCUUAGUGGAUGACUGAAUUUACAUAUUCUUUGGCCUUUCCCCAUGACCAUCCCAUUCCCUCAGAAAGAGUGCUUCCUUACUGACACUUUUGUUCUCCAUAUAAAUCUCACUGAGUAUAGAUGUAGCCAGGAAAAGUGUUGCAAAUUUAAUCAUUACUUGUACUUUACUGUCUUGGUAAAGUUUAGAAGGUCAGCGGUUUGGAAAACAGUCCCAUGCAAAUUUUCUGUGAAGCAGAAGAUAAUGGAUUGUAAUGCGUUUGCAGGCAACCUGUUUCAUUGUGCCCUUCCUUACUUUCACCUCCAUUUCCCUUUCCUUCCCACAUAUGCCUCAGACAGGGUUUGCAAAAGAGAAAACAAUGGGACCAUUAAAUAUGACUUGCUGGUUCAUUUUAUAGGACAAAAAUAUUUAUUCUAACAAAAUUUCAUUGCAGUUGGGUAUUUUUGUUUCAUAUCUUUUGAAGCCAGAUAUUUAUCCAUUCAGAAGGCAUCUCCUUUGUUUUUGUAAAAUAUUAAUUCUCUUUCGAAAUCUAUUCUUCAGCCUAUAAGCAACUAACAAACAAGUGAUCUAGUUCUGCAAGUUAUCUCUGAAUAUAGUUAUUGGAAUAGUGAGCAUAAGAUGCAUGCUUUCUCUUUUUCCUAAACCUUUUUUUAAUAUUUUGCUUCAAUAGAGCUUUAUUCUUUAAACUAGAAUCCCUCAUCACAAAGGAUUACUUGAAUUUUUUUAUGUUAUAAUUUGUUCCUAAUAAGCUGCUUGGAAGAAAAAUUAAUCUGAAAUUCAUGUAAUUUUUAUUUGUAACAGUUUUAAAAAAAAAUCUUAGCUAAAGUUAUGAGUAGUCACAAGAAGAGUUGCAGGAUCCU